CUCAAUGAGACUAUGGCAAAGAAUAACAAUAUUCAAGAUGUAUUGAAAUAUUAUAAAAUAUAUCAAAGUGCAUCUAUUUCACGAUCCAUGUUCUUUAUUUCGGGUAUAAACGUAUCUCAGCGAUGUCAGCGUAUAAUGAAGCAUGCGCAAAUACAAAGUGUUACAAUGUUUCUGAUAGAAGAAAAUCUAACCUAAUAUAACGUUCCAAAUUUUGCUUUAACAUUCAACAAUGAACACCACCGGAAAACAUAUACUUAAAUUAUUUGCUAGAAUGAGCAUAAUACCAUCUGCAGUUUACAAGCGCCCAUUCACGGUGUGUAUAGAAGGGAAUAUAGGCAGCGGCAAAACAACAUUUAUCAAUGAAUUUAAACAGUAUAAUGAUACGACUGUAUUACAAGAGCCUGUAGAGCUGUGGCGCAAUGUAUCUGGAACAAAUUUGCUGGAGUUGAUGUACAAAGAUCCAGGACAAUAUGCUUGUCUAUUUCAGUCUUAUGUGCAACUUACCAUGCUACAGUUACACACUAUAGAGACUCCUACACCUUAUAAAAUAAUGGAAAGAUCAGUAUUCAGUGCUAGAUGUUUCAUUGAGAACAUGAAGCGCACCAAAAUGCUGAGGCCCGUAGAAUCAGUAGUCCUGGAAGAAUGGUACAAUUGGUGCAUCACAAACGUGAAACUUAAAACGGACUUAAUAAUCUAUCUGAGAACAACACCAGAAGUUGUGUACAAAAGAAUGCGAGAGCGUGCUCGCGAGGAAGAGUGUUCUGUCUCAUUAGAAUAUCUGCAACAAGUGCAUCAAAUACAUGACGACUGGCUAUACCACCGUACGCUCUUCUCAUUGCCAGCACCUGUUAUUACAUUAAAUGGCGAUAAAAGUAUCGAGGAAAUGUUUGCCGAGGUGAGAAAAUGCAAAGAGGGUUUCUUUACUAAAGCUGAUGAGAUAAUGCUAGAAAACGGAACACGGUGCAGAUCAGAAGAAUCAUCGCCCGUCCACAUAACGCCAAAGAAACUACAAGUCGGCGGUAGUAUUUAAAAAAAGCAAUUCUUUCUAUCUUGAAACAUUUAACGAAUUAUAUGUAUAUUUUGGAACUUCGUAUGGUACUAUGAUCCCAAUGAGACGAGUUGUUGAUUGUAAAGAUUUCGCAAUGGCCGUGUUGCAAAAAAUCAGAGAAAAGAAAUAACAAUCUAACAUGCACGUAUAAGAUAUGUUGUAUAUCAUAUUAUUUCUUUUUUUUACUUAACACUUGCACUUAAUAAAGUAAGUUAUAUUAUAUUUCAAGAAAAUACACUUAUGUAUGCAUUUCCUGCUUCAUUUGAUACAAAAGAAUAACUGUAAUUCUACUUAGCCAAUAUUACUUUAUAAUAUUUAUUCGUGCUUGAUUAAAUGUCGAUUAAAUUGAUUUUAAAAAAAUGCUUUUAUCAAUACUUGUUUUAUCACGAUUACACUGUUCACUGCAUUGUAUUUGCAAAUUUCUUAGACAUUUAUUCGUUAUAAAAAAAUUCUGCCAGUAUAUUCACUUCAUUCGAUUUGAUAUUUUUACGUAACUUUGAAAACCGAAUUUGAAUUUGCUGAAAAAUUAAAAUAUAUCAGAAUAUUGAUGCACAAAAAUUAUUUCUGAUAUCAACUACAUGUAACAUUGUAUAAGUCCAUAUAACGUUUUAGACAUAAUUCUGCGACCAGUGACCAAUGCAUUAUAUUGUUGGGAAGAGUAAAUAACAUUGAUUAAAGUUACUAGGACCUUCCAAAUAAAAUAAAUGAACCAUGUAAAGGAUCCAUCUCUUGAGGUUGAGGAAACAAACUUGCGCAACUUUCCAAAACCAUUACUUUAUUCUUUAUGUAAUGCAUUAAUCUUAAUCUUACAAUGACAAUAAAGACUGAAAUCUGUGUCUACGUCUAUUCAAAAAUGUAACACAAAUGGUAUAACAAUAUUCUUAAUUUCCAAUAUGGAAAGUUAAGUCCUACAAAUAAUUCUAUUGUAUAAUAAAGUCUAAAAAUAUCA